GUAGCUUGCUUGCGGCUACAGUGUGAUAUGUACACAGAGUAGAUGGGAAAAGAAACAAGAGAAGCCUCAGGAUUGCGACAAUAGAAGCUAAACAUUUGUAUGAUUUAGAAAGUACUAGCAAAUUCUAAUAUUAGUGUCUAGGUUUAAUUUAAUUCGCGAGUUUUCUAUAUACUACUUCUUUCUUUUGCUCUUUUUUUUUACAAGCAUACGUGUCAGCGUCGAUCUUUCUUUGAGCUAGCUUGACAAGCUGUUUAACUUUGUCGCUAGAAUCCACGAAACACGCUUUAUAGUAAGCAAAUUGAUCUUUAUUUGGUGGAUUACCCGCUCCAUUGAUAUGUUGCGCUGUUUUUAAGAAUGUUAGAAGGAGUGAACAGUCGUUUGUCCAGUAUGAGCUCAUCAGCCGGGGACAGAGAACCAGGAAUACCCUUGGAUAAUGUAAAAGAAGACAUCGGUGGUCCUACCUGCUCAGGAGAUUACAGCCGACACGAUAAUGCAAUAUGCUCAGGCGACAGUGAAGUCAAGAGCAGUGCUGUUGUCAAGUACUCUGCUGCCCCACCUCCAGCGACAUAUGCCCUCCUGCAGGAGAAGACUGACCUGAAGCUACCACCUGCCAACUGGCUGAGAGAAAACCCCCAGCUCGGCACUGCUGGCACUACUGUUUUAGGCUCUAGCAGCAAAAGCAAGCCUUUUUCCAGUUUUGGGAUGGCCUAUGACUUCAUUGAUUGCAUUGGGGAUGAUGUUGAUGUGGUAUCAGACUCGGAGAACAUCAAGAAACUUUUGAAAAUUCCCUACAGCAAGUCUCACGUUAGUAUGGCUGUCCAUCGCGUAGGGAGAACAUUACUUUUGGAUGAGCUUGACAUUCAAGAACUCUUCAGGAGAUCCUCUCAGACAGGAGAUUGGACAUGGCUGAAAGAGUUUUACCAACGGCUAAUAGAUCAGAAAUGGCAGAGAAAAAAGAAAAGCAAAGAGAACUGGUAUCAGAAGGCUAUCCUGUCAAAGUUCCUCUACUACAGUAUAAACGGGGAUGGGGCUGCAGAGCCUGUAUCAGACAUGAAUGAAGGUGAAGAGGAGAAUGGAGCCGAAGAGUACAGUUCUUCAUGGCCCACCACUUUCACCAGCGCCACGUCUGAUGCAGAAGAACCAGAUGCUUCCAAGCAGGAAAGCGUUUCUGUGGAUAGCAAGUUUGCUCUGGAUCCUGUGAUGUCUGUACCUAAAGAACAAAACCUCCCUACUCUCUUCAAUGAAGGAGAAAACAGUCAGGGUUUAAGAAAUGACUUUGUGCGAAACAUCAUGUGGACAUUUGAGGAUAUUCACAUGUUAGUCGGAUCUAACAUGCCUAUAUUUGGAGGUGGUCGCUAUCCUGCAGUCAGUUUGAGACUCAGGGACAAUAAUAAGCCAAUCAACAUUUUGACGGGUAUCGACUACUGGCUCGACAAUCUGAUGUGCAAUGUCCCAGAACUUGUCAUGUGUUUUCACGUCAAUGGCAUCGUUCAGAAAUACGAGAUGAUAAAAACAGAGGACAUCCCUCAUUUGGAGAAUUCCACUUUUUCUACUAGAGUAGUGAAAGACAUUGCUCAAAAUAUCCUCUCCUUUCUAAAGUCCAACUGCACUAAAGAGGGUCACACUUAUUGGCUUUUCAAAGCAAGUGGGAGUGACAUUGUAAAGCUUUAUGACCUUACUACUCUGUGUGAGGAGGCCGAAGAGGAGAAAUAUCAGAAUCCUUUCACUCUUCCUGUCGCUGUGUUACUGUACAAAGUUGCCAGUAACUUGAUGCUGAAGGCGAGGCAAAACAGGAAGCACAAUGGCACAAUCAGAACUUUGCUCUUAAACUGUGUCAAACUUCUUGAUCAGGAGAGGCAUCCCCAGAUCAUUGCCUCGGCCCACUACAUGCUCUCAGAGCUGUUCCAGCUCGACGAGCCUCCCGGAGAAGACGGAGGGGAGUCACUGCGUGCUGGUGGCUCAGAAGACAGCUACAGUGAUGAAGACGGGGAAGAGGAGGAGGAGGAUCUGACAGAAGAUGAUGAGAAUGACUCCUACAGUAACUGCUCCAGGCCUCAGGAUGAUAGUAAAGCAGUGGCUGUGAUUCGCUCUGUAGGGGAGCUGUCGGUCCCUGAGAAAUACACAUCGACUCACCAGAUCAGACCAAGUAGUGCUUUUCCCGUUUCUCAAGACAAGGAGGAACGAUGCAGGCAUGUCCUGAGCUACGUACUGAAGGGGUUGAAGGCAGUGGAUGGCAGCAUCAAGAAGGAGAGCGAUCUUCCAUCUGCAGACCCUAACACACCCAUUCCUCUCAAAUACGAGGAUGUAGGCGCUAACUCAGCUCCUGAGAAAGACAUCUCUCUUCUGCUUGAAAGAGUUGAGCCUGUGCAGUCCGACCAGAAGCACCCAACACGCUCAGGGAUGAUCCCGGGAUCCUGGCAGCACCGUAUGAAGCUUCAGCUUUUCCUUAAAGCCUCCAAAGCCUACUACGUCCUGUCUGACGCAGCCACUAACCUGCUCAAGUACGGGCGAGCAUUACGCUACAUCAAACUAUCGCUGCAGUGUUACGAUGCUUAUUGUUCAGUGAGUGGAGCACUGCACCCACAAGUGCUUCACUUUCACAGCCAGUGCCUGUCUCUCUGUGGGGACAUCCAGCUGAUGUUGGCUCAGAAUGCCAACAAUAGAGCAGCUUACCUGGAGGAAUACAGCUAUCAGACCAAAGAAGACCAGGAGCUCCUGCACAGCCUGCACAGAGAGAGCAGCUGUCAGGCCUUCAGCAUGGCCACAGACCUGGCCAUGGACCCUGAGUACCAGCUGUUUGUUAGCAGUAAAUGUUAUGAGGCAGCGUAUGAACUGCUCGUCUCUGAGGCCUUGAAAGACCAUACUUCAGAUCAGCUGUCUCAGGUUCUCAAAAGGCUUGGCAACAUCCGUAAUGAAAUGGGAGUCUAUUAUAUGAACCAGGCUGCAGCAAUGCAGACCGAGAAAGAGGUGAAAAAGUCAGUGUCCACAGCAGAGCAGGAGUUGUGGAAAAAGAGUUUCGCCUUCUUUGAGAAAGGAAUGAAGGACUUUGAAGCCAUCGGGGACAGCACCAACACCGCCUUACUGCUGUGUAAUACAGGCAGGCUGAUGAGAAUCUGUUCUCAGGCCCACUGCACCAUCUCUACCAAUGACAGCAGAGGAGAGUUCUCACCUGAAGAGGCUCUUUACUACAACAAGGCCAUAGACUAUUAUUUACGAGCUAUGAAGGCACUGGGAAGCAGAGAGAACCACUCAGCAGUGUGGGACAGUGUAAACUGGGAGUUAUCCACUACCUAUUUCACCCUGGCUACACUUCUGCAGGAUUAUGCCCCACUGUCCAGGAAGGCCCAGGAGCAGAUUGAGCGAGAGGUGACAGAGGCCAUGAUGAAAUCCCUGAAGUACUGCGACCUGCAGACUGAGUCGGCCCGUCAGCCGCUCUACCAGUACAGAGCUGCCACCAUCCACCACCGCUUGGCCUCCAUGUACCACAGCUGCUUUCGCAACCAGGUGGGGGAUGAGCACUUGAGAAAGCAGCAUCGCAGCCUGGCAGAGCUCCACUACAGCAAGGCUGUCUCUUUAUUCCUCAGCCUUACAGACGCACCCUGUGAGCUGCUCCGCACAUUGCUGGAGAGGGUGGCUUUUGCUGAGUUUACAAUGGCAGGUCAGAGCAGCAGUGUGGCUAAGCUGAAGAGCCUGACUGGAGCAAUGGAUAUCAUGACAGAAACCCGCCAUGCUUUCCAGCUCAUCUCUAAAGAGCUGCUGGAAGAGCAGGAGGUGUCUUGUGAUCCACCUGCUGCUGAAUCAGCUGACUCUCCUGAUGUAGCCAGUGGCUCCAUGUCUGGACUAGAUCUCCAGGAAGUGAUUAAAUUAAUCAGUGUAUUUGAGCCAAGUUUCUCCUUCCUGCUGCUGCAGGUCAUCAAACUAAUGACCACAACGAAACGGAAACCAAGCAAUAAGGAUGAGGAGAUGCUGAAAACCUACAAGAACGUGUAUUCAAAGCUCCUGCGUGCUGAGAAAAAUGCACCACUGCUCAGUCGUGUUGAGCUCUACAUCGACCUGUUGCAGCAGCUGACAACACAAGCAGGAAGCGACGGGUCAGGGACACAGAAAUCAUGAUCAGUAAAGUUGUUACAGGAACCGACAAUGUAAAGUGAAAAGGUAUCAACACGCACAAGCUCAGGCAACAUAGUUAAAACUUUGAAGUUGCGUUCACCCUGCGCCUUUAAAAAAUGUUCAGCAUUUAAGUUACAGGAUUUGAAGUGUGCAUUUUUUUGUGAAAACUUGUAAAUUUAGAAGAUAUUUUUUUUUUUUUAAAUUGCUCAAAUGGUUAUGAGUCACACAUGAAGUUUUGAUGUGAAGGGUUUUUUUUUUUUUUGACCAUACCAAACACCAGUUAAGUGGGUAUUUUUAAAAUUAUUUUUCUGUUUACAGAAAAACGUCCCAUAUUUGAAAGCUGGUACUAUCAUAAAUGGAGAUGCAGCAUUUAGCACAAGUCCAGAGUAAUUUUAUUAUAAUUGGUGUUUUUGAUAUUCAAGAAUACCGUGACUAGAAUAAACUGAAGUGUGACUGAUGGGCAGAAAUUUGAUCCGUUGCGUAAUUUGCUUUAAAAACAGUGUGCAAUACUUAAGCAGCAUUCAAUGCAAACUCAUAAGAUGAGUGUUUCCAUAAUGCUGUAUGUAAAAAUGUGAAUUUAUAUCAGCAUGGUUUGCUAUGAGAAAUAAAGACUUUACACAUUG